UGACAAUAUAUGUUCUGAAAACAAUCUGAUAUUAGUUCUUCUCUUGUUUUUUUAUAUAUUGUGAUGUUAGUUUGAUUGGGUUUAUCCCACGGUUUUCAUACAACUUAUAUGAAUUAUUGAUUGUUGUUUCUCACAGAUGGCAUCCUCAACUUUCAAUAACCGAGAGACUGAUGUCGAAAUGCAACAUGGAGACCAAGAGUACCAAGAGACAAGUCCUGAUGCAAAUGCAAGCUAUCAGGCGAAGAAGAUGAAGAAGUUGGUUGUGCCAAGGUCUACUGUCUGGAACCAUUUCACGAGAACCAAAGAGACCCGAGACAAGUGCAUUUGUCACCAUUGCCACAAGAUCUUUUCAUGUGCAUCCAAUUCAGGAACUACUAACCUGAAGCAGCACUUGAAAAUCUGCAAAGAACACCAGGCCUCGUUAAUAAGUCAGACAAAGAAUCAUCAGCAUCUUAACAACGAAGGAAAUCUGAAACCAUCUAAAGUUUAUGAGACGGUUUUCAAAGAAGCGUGUAAUGAAUUGAUGGUGAUAGGAGAGUUGCCACUGUCGUUCAUUGAAAGUACAGCUUGGAAACAGUUCUGCAAUAAGGUUAACCUCUUCAAGCCUCACUCAAGAAGGACUGCGACCAGAAACAUUGUCGAGAUGUUUGUUAAGAAGAAAGCUGCAUUGAAGAACUUACUUAGCGCAAGCAAACAAAAGGUUUCCCUUAUCACUGAUAUUUGGGUAUCUCAAGUGACAGGUAAUGUGUUUUGGUUAUUAAAUAUGUCAAUACAAUUCAUCUUUUAUACGAUGUCAAACACUUAUACGAUUGCACCCGAUCCGAAAUCCGAACGGACUUCCGAAUGCCCAUGCCUAGUAUUAAGGGGUUGAAAUUUAAAUGAAAAUAGCGAAAAACAGUAAGGACACCGCUUAAUUAAGAAGUUUUUUUUUUUAAAAAGAGACAUAAACAAAGAGAGAGAAGAGAGAGAAGUGAGAUCUGAGAGAACCCCGUCGACGGCCGUGUGUCCGAGCGCGUGUCGGCGACAGUGGUUUCUUUUUCCGUUCGUAUGGUUUCUUUUUCUGUUUGUUAUGCCCGGCGCCCCUGACCGAUAUACUGGCGGAUCUGGGUUAGGGUUUGGCUCCGGUGACGGCGGCUAAUCGCCUCUCUCUGGUUUCGCGGUGAGGAUAAGGAUGGCGGGUUGUGGCUUUAGGUAGUGGUUCAGUUCAGUUUGUGUGAGCUCCGGGAUGGAGAGGCUCCAAUAGUUCUCCAGUCGCGGUCAAGGUUCCAGGGGUAGAGGCGUCUAAAGCUCUGCACCGCCGGCAAGUCCCUGAAAGGUGGAGGCUUCCUCGGCUCCAACCUUGUCGGGUUUUGGUGCCCUAGGGUAUUAGGGUUUUUUCCUCUUGUUUUUUUAUGUUUUCAUUUUGGUUGUGGUGUUCGAUCUGUAGUCGGAGAUGCGUUGAGGCUCUCUGAUGGUAUUUGGUGAUGGUUUCUUUGGAUCUACAAAGGGUUUUUAAACGAUUGCGGUCGAGUCUCCGGUCUGUUCUGUGAAGGCUCGCCGUCGAAAGUGUAGACGACGAAGAUGGAUGUUAUGGUGGUGGAGUCGUGUGUGCGGCGUCCUCUCCGGCAAGCUUCCUCAGAUUGGAUCUCGGUGUGAAGAUCGAUCGACGCGUGUGACGCGUGAGGAGGAUGGAGACACGUGUUUGGGUUCGUGUGUCGGAGUGUCGAGCCGAGUGGAUCUCGAGUUGGUUUGUAGUUGGGCUUUAAGGCCUGUUUGUUAUUUUUUCGACCCUUUUGUUUGGGUGUGAGCUUUUAGGCUCCCCUUUGUAAUUCGGUUAUUGGGCAUGGUCCUUUUAUUAAUAUAAUUAGAUGGAAAAAAAAAAUAAGAAGUUUUUUGGGUGGUCCUUACGAGCCACGUGGCAUCUUGCGCGCCGUCCUUAAAGAUCGGCAGCUUUCUCCUUCAGUUUUAGAUUAACGUUUCGAAAACGAAGAAGACAAUGACGAUCGAUGCACAGCAGAAAACGAGCAAGUUACGAUGGGGAGAGAUGGACGAAGACGACGACCUCGAUUGAAGACGGUGAUCGAGUACAAGUUCAACGACGAAGGCAACAAGGUCAAGGUCACCACCAAGUCACGCGUCCGUAAGAUGGCUUCCGCGAGGCUCAACAAACGCGCCAUGGAGCUGGCCUAAGUUCGGAGACGCGGCGAACGAGGAGGCCAGUAGCAAUCUCACCAUGGUUUCCACCAAAGAGAUUGUCUUGGAACGACCUAGGGCUCCUUGAUCCCGAUUUCGCGGAUCAGCUCAUCAACCGCUCCAACAUCGACCUCAAGGUCUCUCCUUUCUCUUUCUUUCUUCACCACAUUGACCUCAAAAUUGUUACUUUAAAUCAUUUCUUCAUUCCCUACUCGUGAUUAGAAGAUGUGCAAAUGGCUUUUACUUUCAAUUGGUGAUAUGUUGAAACCGUGUGGCCUGUUCUUGUUCUUGUUGUUCUGUUAUAUAAGCAAACGUUGUUGUUGUUGUUGUUUUGUUCUUGUUCUCUCUUUUGAGCAGUUCAUUGGGCAGUUCAUUGGCUCUGUUAAGUUGAGCAGUUCAUUGGCUCUGUUAAGUUCAGUUCAUUGGCUUUGUUAAGUUGAAACCGUGUGGCCUGUUCUUGUUCUUGUUGUUCUGUUAUAUAAGAAAAAUGGGAAACAAGAAAGAUGAACCACUAGGACCUUGCAUUCACUUGAUGCCCUUGUGCAUUCAUUGCAGAAUGCAUCUGCCAUCCAUCUAUUUAAUGCACGGUUCAAAGAACACAUUGGAGAUGCAUCUGCCACGUCUGUUACUCUGCCCCGAUGCAUCCAUAUUGAUUGAGGGCAAUGAGAAAAGUCCUCACUGCAAAUUACUUUUAGAGGUGUGUACCUUGUGUUUGGGACUCUGUUUCAUUUUCUUUCAUAUCUUGAUUGCAUUGAAUGAAUGUGUUUGAUACUUGAUAAUUUUUUUAUGGAGCUUGUUCUUUUAUAUAAGCAAAUGUUCUUUUAUACUAAGAGACAACAUAAAAAUUUCUACUAAUAAUCUGCAUAUUUAACAUUGUCUUUUAACAAUAUCUCUUAAUCUAAAAAUAAUAAUAAAAAUGUUAAGACACCUAAAAUUUGUUCCAGCUAUAAUGC